UAGAAAAUGAAUGUUUAGUUGGUCUAAAUUUAUAAAUUUGUUUAGAAAAUUAAUAAAGAAUGUGAGAUGAUACACACUAUUCGCGACUUAGUUAACACUGGACUGACGUGUCAAUAUGAAAAGAAUUAAAAUAGUACGAGACAAGCCUAAUCGAUUGUUUGAGACUUGGUUAGAAGAAUGGAAGAACGAAGCAAUACAUCGAAAAUCCGACUUGUGGAAACAUUUUGCGAAGGCAUUGGAUUCAUUAAAGAGAUAUCCGUUACCGUUGGAGUCUGGCAGAGAUUGUAUAAUUUUGCAACAUUUCGGCACAAAGUUAUGCUCGAUGCUGGAUAGGAAGUUAGAAGAGUACAGAAAACAAGAAUCCAAUAACGCGGUUAAUUGCAUUGCUGUAGUCAGUAAUGAUGAAAAUUAUACGAAAAAGACAUCAACGGAGGAAAAUCAGAUAACUAGUGAAACACAGGAAAAAGCAAUAAUUAUUAAACAAGCUAGUAAUAAAAAGAAAAAUAUCACAGAAAAGUUAGUAAAUGUUAACGAAAUAGUAUCAAAGCAUACUGAUAGACAGAUUUGUUUCGAGCCUGAUAUUUUUGAUAUUAUAUUGUUGGUGGAUACUCAAGAAACUAGUGGUGGAAAAACAAAAUUUCAAUAUGACGCUACACUUGUUGAGUUGACACAACUUGGUGUGUCGUUUGAAGUACGUCGUUUGAAAGUUGGUGACUUUGCAUGGAUUGCCAAAUGUAAAAAAACUAAUGAUGAAUUGGUUAUACCUUAUAUAGUUGAAAGAAAGCGAAUAGAUGAUUUAAGUGCAAGUAUCACAGAUGGCAGGUUUCAUGAGCAGAAGUUCCGAUUAAAACAGUCUGGUAUUGAAAAUCUUAUGUAUAUAGUAGAAAAUGUAGAUAAAAGUACCCGAUUUUCUAUACCACUUCAAUCAUUAUUGCAAGCUUCUGUGAAUUGUUUAGUACAAGAUAAUUUUACAGUAAAAUAUACAAGGAAUCAUAAAGAUUCUAUAUUAUAUUUGUCAUAUGUAACCAAAACUUUGAUUAAAAUCUACAAGGAUAAAAGACUCUUUGGAUGUAAGAAAGAACAGCUUAUCCAGACAAAUUAUAUAAAUGGCACAAUAAAUCUUAUGGAAUUCAAGGAAUUUAAUAAAUCAUCUUCUAAACAAAGAACAUUCAAAGUAAGUGAAAUGUUUAUCCGCCAAUUAUUACAAUUAAAAGGUAUGUCUGUAGAUAAAGUCAUGGCGAUUGUUAAACAUUAUGCUACACCGGAAGUUUUAAUUGCAUCUUUGCAAAGUUGUGAUGAAAAUGGAGAACAAUUAUUAGCAAGCAUUCAAGUAGGUGAUAAAAAACGGCAACUUGGACAUGUCAUCAGUAAAACUAUUUAUCAACUUUAUAUGACAAAUGAAUUGAGUUGACUAAUAAAAAUAUAUGUAUGA